CGGGAAGUUUCCAGGUUCCUAGAGAGGAGGGGAAACGGCCCUGCGUGCUUCCGGCGGAGCGGGUCCUAGCUUUCCCGGGAGCUCGGGCUGCCCGGUUUCCCCGCGUGCCCGGCGUCUGGGGCGCGCGACUUCCGCGGCCGCCUGGGCGCCGGGUCCGGGGAACGGGCUCACGGGGUCGCAUCCCCACGAGUUCUUCAAUGCCCGGGUCUCCAAUCCCAGGGCCUCUGUGGUGAGGGGGGGUACCGGGACGCAGGGGGCCCCUGGCAGCCAGAAGGCGUCUGCGGGGCGCCCGGCAGCCGCAGUCCCGCCGGUCCUUUGAUUUUCUCUUCUGUGUCACCUCGGAGCCCGAGGUGUGAAACCGGGACCCAGCCAUGCUCCAGAUCACGUGGCACCAGGGCUUGGGCAGGAACCCAUUGUUUCAGGAGCCAGUGACCUUUGAGGAUGUGGCCGUGUACUUCACCCAGAACGAAUGGGUUACCCUGGACCCUUCCCAGAGGGCUCUGUACCGGGAGGUGAUGCUGGAGAACUACGCAAACGUGGCUUCCCUGGCUUUUCUCUUCGCCAGACCUGCUCUGGUCUCCCGGCUGGAGCGAGGGGAGCUGCCGUGGGGCCCGGGGCCCUGGGAACCUUCGGGCGGGCACGCUCUCGGAGGCGUCUGUGCAGGGGGUGAGACCAGAGCUGAGAAGGAAGAAUCAACUCCAAAGGAACACAUUUCCAGAGAAACAGAGUCCCACAGACUGACACUGGGAGGCCUGCCGGGGAACGCUCCCCAGCCCUUGGACCUCGGGAGCAGCCUCGGGCAGCAGCAUGGCCACUGCACAGCUGCGGAGACAAAGUCACCGAGGAGAGCGUUCCCAGGUGGGCCAGCCGGCUCUCGCGAGGCCCACGCCGUGGCGAGUGGGGAGCAGUGUGAGAAGUUUGGGGACGACGUUAGUGUCAGCACACGGCUCCCUCCGGACCAGACCGGUCCUGGCGGUCAGAGGUCGUAUGCAUGUAGAAAGUGUGGCAGAUACUUCAGUCGAAUGGCGGAUUUUCAGGGAUGUCACGCUGACGAAAGGUCCUUUAAAUGCAAAGAAUGUGGGAAAGCCUUCAGAUAUAACUCAUUACUAAUUCGGCAUCAGGUAAUUCACACUGGAAGGAAACCAUUUAAAUGUAAAGAAUGUGGCAAAGGUUUGAGUUCGGACACGGCCUUGAUUCAGCAUCAGAGAAUCCACACUGGAGAGAAGCCCUAUGAAUGCAAGGAGUGCGGCAAGGCCUUUAUUAGCAGCUCGGUGUUCCUGCAGCACCGGAGGUUCCACACGGGGGAGAAGCUCUACGAGUGUAACGAAUGUUGGAAGACCUUCAGCUGUAGCUCAAGCUUCAUCGUCCAUCAGCGAGUGCACACGGGGGAGAGACACUACGGGUGUAAAGAGUGUGGGAAGCGACUGAGUUCCCCCACGGCCUUGACUCAGCAUCAGCGCAUUCACACUGGGGAGAAACCUUUUGAAUGUAAGGAGUGUGGGAAGGCCUUCAGUCAGAAAAUCACCCUGGUCCAGCACGAGCGAGUUCACACCGGCGAGAAGCCGUACGAGUGCGAGGUGUGCGGGAAAACCUUCAGCUGGUGUGGGCGAUUCACCCUGCAUCGGAAGCUCCACGCACAGAAGAUGCCCGUGCAAGAGUAGGGCGGCUGCAGGGGGCGCUGUGCCUCCUGGUCCGCCCCAUUCUCUGCUCGCUGGGAAACAAGUGUACAAGGAAAUGGAACUGGCUGAUACCUCACGCGGCUAGUGGUGACCCUGAGCGCCCCGAGAGAUGGAUGUGGGAGGGACGUGUGGGAGGACCCACAUCAGAGAACACCGGUGUGAAUUAUCACACGUCCAGGCUUACAGAGGACAUCGGAAAAAGAGAAAACGAAAGAUCAGGAAUACAAAUGCACUGGGUUCACAACAGCAGUCUUGCAAGUCAGAGGACAGUGGUGUGUGCCUUCAGAAUUCUGAGGGAACAUAACUCCCACCCAGAAUUCAGUAUCCUCAAGUGUGAGUUUAGUAGAAGGUAUUUCAGAUCUUUUAGAUUUUGAGUGUUUAUUUCCUAUGCAUCCCUUCUCAGGUGUGCAAUAGCAAACAAGUGGUCAACCGGAAAACAAUGGACACCCUGGCCCCAUCUGUGUAUUAGGAGUCCCCUAAAGUCAGGAUCAGAGGGCCCUUGUCCAUGUGGAGCCGUGUGCAUGGCGGAGGACUUUUCUAGGAGGGUGCACGUUUGCAGAGACCUACCUCAGGUGCAGGGCCCGCCCACCCGACUUCAGUUACACCACCACUCCGUUGCAGUCUGUGCCUUUGCAGAAGUUGGGGUGUGUACACCUUGUGGGUCAGAUGCAAGGCCCUGUGUAUCACCUUGCUGUUCUUUAUCGUGGAGAAAGUGCCCAUUAUUUUGUUACGGGUGGAAACAAGGGGAGGUGUAAAAGUGCUCUGUCCUCCCUCUUAUGCAAGCGGCUUGACUUUACCCAGUGCAGGAAGCAGAGUGCUGGGUCACAGCACCAAGAUGGGGAGACUGUUAUGAGUUCAGGUGUGUUGCCUUGGUUAAGUUGCAGACACUGCUGAUGUCCUUAGUAAAAUCUGGAUGGCCGUCUACCUCAGGUGUUGGUGUUGACGCGUCACUGCAUCAGUACGUGCCAGAGCGCUGGGAGCGGGAGCGUAACAAACGUGGUAUUUAUUAUGAUAAUAACAUUGCCGAGCUUUGAUUUCUGCAUACACCCGUGAAGCAGUCCCCACGGUCAGGAUAACAAACAGCUGUAGCCCCCCAAGCACUGCUUAUGCCCCGCCUAGCUUCCCAGCAACUGCUGGCCUGCUGUCGGUUGGGAUGAGUUUUGCUUCUCUAGGAUUUUAUAUAAAUAUCAUAUUGUGUGUACUCUUA